AUGGGGUUAAUCGUCCGGAAACAGAGGUUGAUGACUUUAAUCAGAGUUUGGGUACCGUCUUCUCUUCCACAGGGAAAUUUCUUGGAAUCUAUCCCAAGACGUAUUGAACUGAAGAUAAAAUGCAGACAAACAGAAUAUCAAUAUGAGAAGGAGGCUAUUGUGGAAGUCACAAGUGAAGAUGAUGAAGCUUACAAGGGUUCUUGGUAUUGUGCUCGUGUAGUUAGUUUAUUAGGUGAUGAUAAGUAUAUUGUUGAACCCUUGAGAAAAAAUAGAGGUGGCGAUGAAUCUAUCCGUCUGAGAGAUUUGGUAGAAGCUCAGAACAUGAGACCAGUUCCUCCUCAAGCACUCUCGUCUGUUGCGUGCUAUGAAACAGGAGAUGAAGGAAAUUUCUUGGAAUCUAUCCCAAGACGUAUUGAACUGAAGAUAAAAUGCAGACAAACAGAAUAUCAAUAUGAGAAGGAGGCUAUUGUGGAAGUCACAAGUGAAGAUGAUGAAGCUUACAAGGGUUCUUGGUAUUGUGCUCGUGUAGUUAGUUUAUUAGGUGAUGAUAAGUAUAUUGUUGAACCCUUGAGAAAAAAUAGAGGUGGCGAUGAAUCUAUCCGUCUGAGAGAUUUGGUAGAAGCUCAGAACAUGAGACCAGUUCCUCCUCAAGCACUCUCGUCUGUUGCGUGCUAUGAAACAGGAGAUGAAGUUGAUGCUUGGUUCAACAAACGGUGGUGGAUCGGUAGGGUCUCUAAAGUGUUUGGAGGUGGUUCUAAAUAUUUAGUUCAUUUCAUCUCCACGGGCAAAGAAACGAUAGUCUCACAUCGAUGGACAAUGGAUUAA